CUCUCUCUCUCUUCUCCUUCUUCAUCUGUCUGCGUGUGCUAUAAUAGGACAUCCCUCGGGCCCCACUCCCCCGAGGCUCCAACCCUUUUCGUUUCGCCCCCAUUUAAAAUUUGAAUCGGCCGCACUCCAAUCCUGAAUCCCACCGCCUGCCGCCGUCUCCCUCCCCCUUCCUCUCCCCCGUCUUCUUCUUAUUAUAUACUCCACCCCCACCACCAUCCCCCGAAGAAGAAGAAGAAGAAGACGACGACGACGAUCAGAACGACUCUCUACGCCCAUCUCCAGUCGAUCACCUCCCUCUUUCUCUCACUCGUAAUCUGGUAGACGCAGAUUACAGACCUAUUCGUGUAUUUGCUUUCGAUCGAAGCAGGCUCUACACAAGAUCCUUCUCCGAGGAUGAACUCGGUGCCGGAUGAGAUUGUGGAGCACAUACUAUCCUUGCUGAGCAACGCGCGCGACAUCGCGGCCUGCACCUGCGUCUCCAAGAGCUGGAAGGAGGCCGUCCCCUACAUCCCUUCCCUCUACUUUCCCCGCAACUCGUUUGAUGGCGUCCUGCGCCACGCCGACGCUGACGCCACCAUUGGACGCAUGAUCGCCGCCGCCGCUUGCCUUGAGGAGCUCGUCAUCUACUGCCCGUUCUCCUCCGCGGCUCUUGCGUCCUGGCUCGCCCUCCGUUGCCGAUCCCUCCGCCUCUUAGAGCUCCGGAUGGACGGUGUCGCGGAUAAGGCGGCGGCGGCGGCGUCCGACGGGGAGUACCCGGCCAACGAGCUGGACUGUAUCGGCGUCGUCCGGGGGUUGGAGACCUUGAAGUUGUGGGGCGUCUCGUUGACGAGGCCGCCAAACUGGAGCUCAUUCGCGCGGCUGCGCACGUUGGAGAUCAUCGGGGCGACGCUGCGCGACGCGGCUUUAAGGGACACGGUGCAUGCUUGCCCCAACCUCACCGACCUGGCGUUGCUCGGGUGCGAUGGGGUCGGCGCGGUCUCCAUCGAGCUGCAGCGGCUGGAGAGAUGCCGGCUCGAUUUCUUGGGCCCAGGGAACUCCUCCCUCCACAUGAGCUCGCCGAGGCUUGAGGUCCUGGAGAUCCAAGGCUUCAGCUGGAUCCGAGUCGAGCAGAACCAUCGUAUACGGAGGCUCUGCAUCGCCAAAAAUGCAGGUAGGGUAUACAAGGUCGAUAUGUGGAAGCUAGCAGACCUAGAGUUCAUGUCGCUUCGAGGAGUUCAAUGGAGCUGGAAUGCCGUCAGCUCCAUACUCCAAUGUGCAAGCGAGGUGCAGCACCUUGUCAUGAAGAUCGAGUUUUGUGGCGAUUUUGAUACGCUUCAACCCUUCCCAGAGAUCGACUUGGUCGAAUUCUUCAACAACCAUCCCAAGCUGCGCAAGUUCGAGAUUCAUGGCGCACUCUUUGCAGCCUUGUGCCAGAAGAACAGCCUGAAAAAUUUGGACUCGCGGUUCAUGAUUCCUUGCUUGGAAGAGGUUGUCAUCACUGUGAGGUCUCCACUGAAUGCGGAGCAGAAGCUGAACACCCUUGAGUCGCUGCUGAGGUACAGUGUGAAGCUGCGGAGGAUGGCUAUUAGAAUCUCACAGAUGAAGAACUGCCAUGAGGCAGCUGAUGAUUUCUUCAAGGAGAUAUGCAAGUUCAAGUAUAUGAACUCUAAGAUAAUCCAGAUUGAAUAAACCAGGUUCUUCCUCUAAUUAACCUGAUCAAUUGACUUGUCUGGUUCACACUCUCUUUAAGAUUCAACAACCAUUGAGCUGACAAUUCACCAUUCUUGUUUAUUUCCUUCGAAAUAUCAUCUUUUUGACAGACUUUAUAUUGCAACUGAGUUUUUCUUUGUGUUUUUGGUAUUCAA